GUUAGAGUUUUCCCUUUUCUUUUUUUUUUGUUUGUUCGAGAAAAUAGCGACCAACGAGAAGAGAGAGAGAGAGAGAGAGAGAGAGAAUGAGAAGGAAUCAGAAAAUGGAUAUUUGAAUUUACCAAAAGCUUCGAUCUUUGCAAGUUCUUCAAAAUCUUGAGAUGAUUUCGGUGAGCAGCAGCGAUGCUAGAAACGAAAUAGGGUUAGGGUUUGGUGGAAUUGAGGAAGUAGACAUGGAGAUGGAAGAAGAUGAGGAAGAAAGCACACAUUCUUAUGUCUCUUGCGUUGACCCUGACGUUGCUCUCUCUUAUAUUGAUGAGAAGCUCGAGAACGUGUUAGGACAUUUUCAGAAGGAUUUUGAAGGUGGUGUUUCUGCUGAAAACUUGGGUUCAAAGUAUGGUGGCUAUGGUUCGUUUUUGUCUAUGUAUCAAAGAUCUCCGGUUUGUAAGAGUCCACCACAAGUUCAAAACCAAGUGGUGGGUCAAUCUAAGUGCUCAGCUUCAUCGGCUGCAUCUGGUUCCACUUCAAAACCUCCUCCUCCUCCUCCUCCUGCCUCCGAUGUUUUGGCCAAGAUGAAAAACUUGGUCAAAUCAAGUAGUGAUAGCAAACAAAAACCUGUCACCAAAACCUCUCCUUCUCCUUCUUCUUCUUCUGCUGCUCCUCCAUCGAAUCAUAAGACAUUCAAACUCCGUAUCAAAGUUGGUUCAAGUGAUCUCUCAUUGAAAAACGUUUCAACCUAUGAUAGUAAACAAGGCCUCAAUAUGCCACCAUCAGAAGUUGAAGGAAGGUUACUGAAUGGGGUUCAUGAUUCGCCGACUAAAAUUCUUAUGGCUAUGGUGUCGUUCCCUUUGCAUAAAGAUCAGCUUUUGUCACCUCUCUCUGACGAUCUUAUUCAGUUGGGAAAGAAAGGAAACAUCACGAAAGAUGCACAAAAGUGUGUGAAGAAGGAAAAGUUAAAGUAUGUGCCACCGUCAAACAGGCUUGAUGGAAGUCAUAUUGGAUUCGAUACUGAAAAAGAGGCUGAUAAAGAGUCAUGCGAGGAGCUUGUUUCUAAGACUAUGAAGCUUCCUCUUUUGUCCUGUCUAUCACCGCCGUCAUCUAUCCACCGGGCAAAAGAGAUUGAUAAGAUAUCGGAUUCUUAUGUGGAGGGUACAUUAAGAGGGAUGAACAACACUGACCUAGAUGCAACUUCGAUGGGUUCAAAGCCUGAACUGAAAGAUGAUGUUGAGGGUACUGAAAGUGUUAACACAAGAAAAGACGUGGAAGAAGGUGAAGCAGUAAAGCCUUCAGGUAUUGAACAUGUAGAUUACUCUUCUGUGGUAACGGUUGGUAAGAGUGAGACAAGGAGUGAAGAGCAAAGUUUGAAGUCAAAACUUCCUAAAGCACAGAAGUCGCAAAGCAAGAAUAGUUUGAAAGGCAAGGAUGCUGCUGUGAAUAUAACUAACACGAAUGUACCAGAUAAAUUGCAAGAAGAUAUUGGAGGAUCAAAAGAACAAGAACAGAGUGUUCUGGUUCCUAAAGCUAAGAAAGAAAAGCUCUCAGAAGAAAGUGCAUUGAAGGAGAGUUUCAACAGUGUUAGAAAUGUUGAAGAGGCAUGGAAGUGUGAACCAGAUUCGAAGCAUCCUAUCAAGUCAAGUGACUUAUAUAAAGAUGGACACAACAGUAAGCAGAGUGUUAAAUCAGAAGUGAAAAAUAAGCAUUUUGUUGAAGGAGGAAUGAAGAAUGUGGGAAUGGAACCUGAAAGAGAACUUUGUAAGAAACCAAAGACUGGAAAAUCAAGAUUUUCUGCUGUAGACCAACCUGGAUCCAACAAAGCUAUGAAGGAUAUUGGUAAGGCUUCCCCUCACGAAGACAGAAAGAGGAAACGAAAGGAAAACAAAGAAAGUGGAGAUUGUAUGAGAGAAGCCACAGUAAUGGAGUCAAGUGGAGAGAAAGUUAGAAAGCAAAAGAGGCUUAAGGGUUCAAGUUGUGAUGUAAAGGAGUUGCCUGAAAGUUGUGAUAGGGACAGAGUAGUUACUCAGGGAAAUGAUAGAGAUAGUGUCCAAGAAGCCAAAGGUUCGCUAGCUGACUCACUAGCUCCUUCAGCCUUAGACCCACGUGAGCUUAAAUCAGAAAGAAUCUCAGAGCAGGAUGAACCCAAUGAUACUGCUGGUGAUACGCGGAAAAGAUGCCGAGAAGGUGAAGGUUAUAUCACUAUGGAUAAACCAGGAACAACAAAGAAGGCUGCAGAAAAUUUCAGGGACAGCAAAGAAGGUUAUUGCACAGAGAGUGAACCUCAAGAAAAGAAUAGAGAAGGGAGGUCAUCUGCAGCGUUGAAAGAGAAUCACAGGGGUACAGCGAAUGAAGUGCAAGAUCUUGGCGCUGCUGUUGAAGUAAAAACAAAAGAAAGCAGAAACAAGAGAAGACCUGCUAGAAAAGUGUCUAUGGAGAGUAAUAAAGAGGACUCAAGGGAACAUCAAGAUCCUAUUAAUAAGCUAAAUACAAAUAGUACAGACCAAGUUGAAGUCUUGAACCACGGCAGGGAGAUAUCAAGUGCAAAGACAAAGGUAAUGAGAAAUGAUAACCAUGAUGUUGGUUCAAGAAACCAAAAGCAAAACGGAAGUGCACAUAAUGAUCAUGUUGGCUCAAGCCCUUUGAAAAAGGAAAUUACGAGUCAGGCUGCAUCCAACUCAAUCAAAGAGGCUACAGACUUGAAACACAUAGCUGAUCGUCUUAAGAAUGCUGGGAACAAUCACGAGAGCAUUGGUUUUUACUUUCAGGCAGCGCUUAAGUUUCUUCAUGGUGCCUCCCUUUUGGAGUCCUCUGGCACUGAGACUGCCACACAUAAGAGCAUUGCCACAUCCAAGCAUAUUUAUGGCAGCACAGCAAAACUUUGCAAGUUCUGUGCACAUGAAUAUGAGAAAGAUAAAGAUAUGGGGGCUGCUGCUUUGGCUUAUAAAUGUAUGGAAGUGGCCUAUCUAAGGAUAACGUAUUCCUCCCAUGGAAACAUAAACAGAUAUAAAUCUGAGUUAGAAGCAUCUCUGCAAGUGAUUCCUUCAGGUGAAUCUCCUUCCUUUGCUUCUGAUGGUGAAAACCCAAACAAGACAUUGGCAGCUGAGAAGGUUGCCUUGUCCACCCCUGUGAGGUCAUCCCCUAAAGUAACUGGAAACCUUGUUCUCUCCUCAGGAAACAAUUCCUCUCUUUCACAGCUUUUGACUUUUUCGCAAAACGUAAGCCUUGCAAUGGAUGCAUCAAGAAAAGCACAGACCGCGUUUGCAGUUGCUAAAGGAAAAUCGUCUGACACCAGAUACAGCAGUAAUGGCGUAACAUCCAUCAAAAGGGCUCUUGAUUUCAGUUUUCAGGAUAUGGAGAAGCUGGUGCAUGCGGUGAGGCUUGCAAUGGAAUCCAUAAACCGGUGAUUAUUAUGGAUUAUGAUCUCACCUUUGUACAAGUAAGUUUAAUACCAUAGGGGCCAUACUCAGCGGCGAAAAGAAGAGAAGGGAAAACGACCUUUGAGUUUUUGCUUGAAGAUUAUAUAAACUUGUUUCACUGCGUUAUGUGUAUAGUGUUAGGAUAUUAUUUGUGAGUGACUUGAAGAAGAUUCAAAGUUAUCAUCAUGUGUUGUUCAUAUAUAUAACCAGUAUAAGAGAAUUUUAGGAUAACAAGGACUGGAACUAAAAUUACUCAACAUUUUUAGCAACUGUUUCUUUCUA